AUGGCUUCUCUGAGGACCCUCAUCAUCACCAACCGCUCUCCGAAGCAGCCCAUCAAGAACCUUCCAGAGUCGAUUGAGGUCCAGCCCGACACUACCGUCGAGGACCUCAAGGUGCUGAUCGCAAAGGAGACCAAGCUCGGUGACCACAACCGCAUUGGUAUCUAUGAUCCCACUACCAAGAAGACCCUCAAGAACCGCAAGGCUCGUCUCGUCGAUGAGCCCGCUGUAGUCGCAGCCGGUGAGGUCCUCAUCAAGGAUAUGGGCUACCAGAUUCCUUGGAGAACCGUCUUCGUCGUCGAGUACUUCGGUCCCCUCAUUUUCCAUGCCCUUUUCGUCGCAGCCCGCCCCUUUUUGUACCGCAAUGGAGACGGCGAUAUGUCCCAGACUCAAUGGGUCACUUUCGCCAUGAUCAUGCUGCACUUCGUCAAGCGCGAGUACGAGACUCUCUUCGUCCACAAGUUUUCCGCCAACACGAUGCCCUGGAUGAACAUUUUCAAGAACAGCUUCUUCUACUGGGCCGUCUCUGGUGCCGCCUGCGCCUACUCCAUCUACCACCCCAACUCGCUCGCUGCCAAGGCCGACAUGCCCGCCAUCGACGCUGUCGGAGUUGCCCUGUACUGCUUCGGCGAGUUCAUGAAUGCUCUUGUUCACCGAUAUCUCUCAACUCUGCGAUCCACUGGUGGUACCGAGCGCAAGAUCCCUGUCGGCUACGGCUUUAACAUCGUCACUUGCCCCAACUACUUGUACGAGGUGCUUGCAUGGAUUGGAAUCAUCAUUGUCAGCCGUGACUGGACUGUCGCUGUUUUUAUCUCCAUUGGUGCGGCACAGAUGAUCAGCUGGGCUAAGGGCAAGGAGCGUGCCUACCGCAAGGAGUUCGGUGACCGAUACAAGAAGAAGCGCUUUGUUAUCUUCCCUGGUCUUCUGUAA